UUCACACAUCAUUCUUCAAUCUAUUUAAGACAGCAGUUGUGAUUUUCGGGACUUCACUAGCUGAAGUUUGUUAAACACACAGCCAAUAUGUUAGCUCCGAAGAUAGUUCUCAUUACUGGUGCCAACAGAGGUAUUGGUCUCGAGUUUGUCAAACAGUUCCUCCAGCUCAAGUCGCCACCAAAGCAUCUGUUCGCUUGUUCCAGACAGCCGGAAACAGCAAAGGAUCAAUCUUCAAUAGAUAGUGCAAAUGCAUUUGUAGCGUCAAAAGUACAAGGCGAUGGCGUGAAUCUCCGUAUCAACAAUGCUGGAAUCGGCGUUCUUUCCAACAUACAUGAGGCAAAUCGUGAAGUGAUGGCCAAAGUAUAUGAAAUCAAUGCGAUCGGACCACUGAUGGUGGUUAAGAGCUUCUUGCCACUGUUGAAGCAAGCAGCAAGUGUCGACCCCGCUGCACCUCUGUCAUGCAACCGCGCCGCAAUAAUAAACAUAUCGACAUCCCUUGCAUCAAUUUCGGGAAAUACUUCAAUCGGAUUCCAUGGAAUUACUAGUGGAUUUUAUGGAUACAGAGCAUCUAAGGCUGCACUCAACAUGAUCACCACAAACAUGAGCCUCGAUCUCAAGAAUGACGGAAUCCUAGCAACGGCAAUCCAUCCCGGUUGGGUGAAGACGGAUAUGGGUGGGCCUAACGCUCUGAUUGACACCGUCACCAGCGUGACCAGGGUCAUGGCUGUCAUGGGGAAGCUUCAGGGCGAGGAGGGCACUGGGAAGUUUUACAAUGGAGAUAACGGCGAACUGUUGGGAUGGUAGAUGAUGGCCGGUAGAUUAAAAUUGGCAUUAUAUGUGCUAAUAGGUGGAAACGGGCAUUUGAUGUGCUAAUAGGUUAAAAAAGGAAUUUGAUAUGCUUACAGGUGAAAACUGGAAUGUGAUGUUCUUAAAUGUGCACACUGGCAUAUGAUUGGCUCAACAGUUCUAAAUUGCCAUGUCUAUGUUAAAUGCACGUUCUUAUAUAAUCAUAUUAUUCUGCUUUAAACUAAAAGCUUGUAUCUUAUGAAAUACAAUUGUGAAAUAAAAUUACAGAAACUU